GUAGCUGCAGCUGCUGCGGCGGCGGCUUGGCCGGGCGUCCGCGGGCCGUGGGGGAUGGGGUUGGUGAGCUCCAGCCCUCGGCCGCGGCCGCGGCGGCUGUGAGCGUUGGGCCGGCGUCUGCGUCCGGGACGCAGGAUGGAGUGCCGCGGAUUUCAGUUUUUCUGACUGUUAUAUGAGAGGAUGAUUGCUCACAAACAGAAAAAGACAAAGAAAAAACGUGUUUUGUCAUCAGGCCAGCUCUCUACUGAUGUUACAACUUCUGAAAUGGGGCUCAAGUCUUUAAGUUCCAAUUCUAUUUUUGAUCCGGAUUACAUCAAGGAGUUGGUGAAUGAUAUAAGGAAGUUCUCCCAUAUGCUGUUAUAUUUGAAAGAAGCUAUUCUUUCAGACUGUUUUAAAGAAGUCAUUCAUAUACGUCUGGACGAACUUCUCAUUGUUUUAAAGUCUGUAAUGAAUAAACAUCAGAACCUCAAUUCUGUCGAUCUUCAAAAUGCUGCAGAAAUGCUUACUGCAAAAGUGAAAGCUGUGAACUUCACAGAAGUUAAUGAAGAAAACAAAAACGAUCUCUUCAGGGAAGUGUUUUCUUCCAUUGAAACCUUGGCCUUUACCUUUGGGAAUAUCCUGACAAACUUCCUUAUGGGAGAUGUAGGUAGUGAUUCGUUAUUGCGACUGCCUGUUUCUCGGGAAAGUAAGUCUUUUGAAAAUGUUUCUGUGGAAUCAGUGGAUUCAUCCAAUGAAAAAGGAAAUUUUUCUCCUAUAGAACUAGACAGCAUGCUGUUAAAGAACACUGACUCUAUAGAACUGGCUUUGUCAUAUGCUAAAACAUGGUCAAAAUACACCAAGAACAUAGUGUCAUGGGUUGAAAAAAAGCUUAACUUAGAAUUGGAGUCCACUAGAAAUAUUGUCAAGUUGGCAGAGGCAACUAGAACUAGCAUUGGACUACAGGAGUUUAUGCCACUGCAGUCUCUAUUUACCAGUGCUCUUCUUAAUGACAUAGAGAGCAGUCACCUUUUACAACAAACAAUUACAGCUCUCCAAGCCAACAAAUUUGUGCAGCCUCUACUUGGGAGGAAAAAUGAAAUGGAAAAACAAAGGAAAGAAAUAAAGGAACUUUGGAAACAGGAGCAAAAUAAAAUGCUCGAAACAGAGACUGCUCUUAAAAAGGCAAAAUUGUUAUGCACACAACGUCAAGAUGAGUAUGAAAAAGCAAAAUCUUCCACAUUUCGUGCAGAAGAGGAGCAUCUGUGCUCAAGUAGUGGAUUAGUAAAAAAUCUCAACAAGCAGCUAGAAAAAAAGCGAAGGCUGGAAGAGGAGGCUCUUCAAAAAGUAGAAGAAGCAAAUGAACUCUACAAAGUUUGUGUGACAAAUGUUGAAGAAAGGCGAAAUGAUCUGGAAAAUACUAAAAGAGAAAUUUUAGCACAACUCCGGAAACUUGUUUUCCAGUGUGAUCUUACCCUUAAAGCUGUUACAGUUAACCUCUUCCAGAUGCAACAACUACAAACUGCCUCCCUCGCAAACAGUCUGCAGUCUCUCUGUGAUAAUGCCAAACUGUAUGACCCAGGCCAAGAAUAUUGUGAGUUUGUCAAGGCCACAAAUUCAACCGAAGAAGAAAAAGUUGAUGGGAAUGUAAAUAAACAGUUGACAAACAGUCCCAACGCGUCUGGGUAUGGACCUGCCGACUCUUUAGAGGACGUUGCGCGCCUUCCUGACAGUUGUAAUAAAAUGGAAGAGGACAGAUGCUCUAACAGCGCAGAUACGACAGGUCCUUCUUGUAUAAGGCCAUGGACAUUUGGGAUGUUCAGUGACUCUGAGAGCACUGGAGGAAGCAGUGAAUCUAGAUCUCUAGAUUCAGAAUCUAUAAGUCCAGGAGACUUUAAUCGAAAACUUCCACGAACACCGUCCAGCGGAACCAUGUCUUCUGCAGAUGAUCUAGAUGAAAGAGAGCCACCUUCCCCUUCAGAAUCUGGACCCAAUUCCCUUGGAACAUAUAAGAAAACGUUGAUGUCAAAGGCAGCUCUCACCCACAAGUUUCACAAACUGAGAUCCCCCACAAAAUGUAGGGAUUGUGAAGGCAUUGUAGUAUUCCAAGGUGUUGAAUGUGAAGAGUGUCUCCUUGUUUGUCACCGAAAGUGUUUGGAAAAUUUAGUCAUCAUUUGUGGUCAUCAGAAACUUCUGGGGAAAAUACACUUAUUUGGAGCAGAAUUCACACAAGUUGCAAAAAAGGAACCAGAUGGCAUCCCUUUUAUACUCAAAAUAUGUGCUACAGAGAUUGAAAACAGAGCCUUGUGUCUACAGGGAAUUUAUCGUGUAUGUGGAAACAAAAUAAAAACUGAAAAACUUUGUCAAGCUUUGGAAAAUGGAAUGCACUUGGUAGACAUUUCAGAGUUUAGUUCGCAUGACAUCUGUGACGUCUUGAAAUUAUACCUUCGACAGCUUCCAGAACCAUUUAUUUUAUUCCGAUUGUACAAGGAAUUUAUAGACCUUGCCAAAGAGAUCCGACGAGUAAAUGAAGAACAAGAGACAAAAAAGGAUACUCCAGAGGACAAAAAAUGGCCGAGUACGUGUAUAGAAAUAAACCGAAUUCUUAUAAAAAGCAAAGACCUUCUAAGACAAUUGCCAGCAUCAAAUUUUAACAGUCUUCAUUACCUCAUAGUACAUCUUAAGCGGGUCGUAGAUCAUGCAGAAGAAAACAAGAUGAACUCCAAAAACUUGGGAGUGAUAUUUGGACCAAGCCUCAUUAGGCCGAGGCCCACAACUGCUCCGAUCACCAUCUCCUUUCUUGCGGAAUACUCCAAUCAAGCGCGGUUGGUUGAGUUCCUCAUUACUUACUCCCAGAAGAUCUUUGAUGGGUCUCUACAGCCACAAGAUGCAGUCGUGUGUAGUACAGGUGGUGUUGCACCUCAGGCUGAUCAAGGCCGUCUUCCAAAGCCUCUGUUAUCACCAGAAGGAAGAGACCCAGAACAUUCCAUGAAGUCACUGUUUUUCUCUUCAAAGGAAGAUAUCCAUAAAGCAGAUAGUGAAAGCAAAAUUUUUGAACCAGCUACACCAUUUGAGGAAUCAGAACGAAAGCAGAAUACAUUAGAAAAAUGUGAUGCAUGUCUCAUUGACAACAGAGUCCAUUUGCCUGUAGAUCCAGAGCUUGAAUCAACAUCACAAAAGAUAGAAGAUGUUUGUAAAUCCUCCAAGCCACUUACUCUGAAAUCCGGAAGGGAGACAAACAGUGUUGUUGAGCGAUAUACCCCAAGGACCAAGAUUAGACCUGCAAGUUUGCCUGUAGAUAGACUGUUGCUUCUUGCAAGCCCUCCUCAUGAGAGAAAUGGCAGAAAUUUGGGGAAUGUAAAUUCAGACAAGUUUUUCAAGAGUCCUACCUUUGAAGGCGUUAAUAGAAAAGACACCCCUACUGUUUGUUGCAAAUUUGAUGGCUUUGAUCAGCAAACUCUACAAAAAACUCCAGAAAAACAGUAUGAACAAAAUGACCUAACUGCAAAGACCACGAUUGUGCCCAGUGCACUCCAAGAAGGAGGAGUGAUGACGGCCAUCAAGAUUGGUGGGGACCAGCUACUCAGUGCCACCCAGCCCAGUAAGCCAUACACAGAACCAGCAAGACAGGUGUCAGAGAGACGGUCCUCUGACUCAUGCCCUGCUGCUCCUGUCAGAGCACCCAGAACACUGCAGCCCCAGCACUGGACAACGUUUUAUAAACCACGGGUUCCCGCUGGUAGUAUGAGAGGGGUUGAAGAGAAACCAGCACCCUCCCCAGCAGUGCCUCCUAGCACAGAUCAUGCUCCUCAGGGGCAUGUGCUGAAAUCAAUUCCAGACUCAGAAAAUGCACCAGUUUGUCUCAUGCAGCCAAUUAGUAGUAAGCCCAAAGAGAACUCUGAGGAGCGUGACUUGCCUGUUGUGCAUCCAACAUGUCAGAGACCGAGGCUUAAACGAAUGCAACAAUUUGAAGACCUCGAAGAUGAAGUCCCACAGUUUGUGUAGGGUUGUCAAAAUUCAGCUUUUCUUUUUUAGUCAUUUUGUUUUGUGGUAUUGUGUUUGUUUUGUGGAAGAAUUUUUGACAGGGCCCCUUUUGUGUAGGAAAGCCAGAUUGUGGAGUUUGCUUUUUGUCAUUGUAUUGUGCUGGUUAUAUUGAGUAGUGGAAUGUUUUGAUAGGGCCACAUCUGUGCCUCACUGGAAUUAUCUAUUUCUGAAGUUGUGAAUAAGUAGGUGGACUCGUAUUUUUUAAAAGUUCAUUGAUUUUCCCCAUAAAAUGGUCCAUUUAAAUGCAUCCCUAAUAUAUGAUUUAGUUCUCAAUAGGUGCAAUUGGGAAAAAUCAGCUUUAUUUUUUUGACGUGAAACUAUGCUUAUUUAUAAAAGGAAUGUUUCUGAAUGCAAGUGCCUGAAAGAUCUUUGUUUAGUAUGUGUUUUUUUCACACAAUUUUAUAGUGCAUCUUUGACCAUUGUGCUUUUAUGGUAUGUAUGUAACCUUUUAUUUUUUAAUUGGCAAUUAACUUUUUAAUAUUUACAUAAUGGCCAGAAGGCUUGCAAAUAUGUAGUUAAUUGCAUAUUAAUUAAUUGCCAUAUUUUACAUGUGGUAGUCAGUUAAAUCAUACCCCCCAAAAAUGCACUUAAACCUGUUUCUAAAUUAUAUAGUUCAGUUUUAUCUUGUUUGGCUUUUGAUGGUUUUAAUACAUUUAAUAGUUUUUCACCUCUUGGCUUUGUUCUACAUAAACUUUUGUUCAACAGUUCUGAAACUUUUGGUAUUUCAUAUAAUGGUCCAAAAAAUGUUUUAAAAUUCAAUGCAUUUCCUCUUGAUAUUGUCUGGGUUUUUCUUAAAAAAAAAAAAAACAAAAAACAUUUCUUUCAUAUGAGGUGUUUUUACUUAUGAGCAAUUUUAUAUACUUUUUCUACCUGGACUUUUAACCAUUGACAAUGUAUAUUUCAUCUGAAUGGCACAAAGAUUUAUUUAAAUUGAUUCAAAGUAUAGUUCAAUAAGCCUCAUUGUUUGGAAUUUGAGAGGAGGUGUAGAUGAUUGGACAUAUUUCAUUUAUAAAAUUCCCAGUUUUUAGAACUAGUGCAGUUCUGUUAGUUUCUGGGUUUUGUCAUUUUGCCUAAAAUAGGAUGUAAAAGGGACAAAAAAUAAAAUAGCCUCUUUUUAUAUGCGUGAAUUCUAUUUGUAGUGAAUGUUUUUGUAUGACCAUGUUAUCCUUGAUAAAAAUUAUAUAUAUAUUAACCUGUUAAA